GAUGGUCAACAAUUCCCACAACAAUUUCAGCAAACAAGCGGUGCUGGAGGCAGUUUUCCUCAAAUUCCAAAUGAUUCUGUCACUCAAUUGGCUUCAACACCAGCUCCGUUGUUUGGACUUAUGUCAAUGCCCACUCAUUCUUUCCCCACUUUACCUCCACAUACUUUCUCUCCAAUGUUAAAACAUUCAUUCCCAACUUUACCUCCCCAUACCUUCCCGACUCAUUCAUUCCCCACACUUCCUCCCCACACUUUCCCUACCCAUUCUUUCCCCACACUUCCACCUCAUACCUUCCCAAGCCUUCCAACUCACUCCUUCCCAACACUUCCC